GAAAUAUAUUACUCUUAACAUUUAAUCAAUAGAUUUAUAUUACAGCGUAAAACAUGUCCAAUAAAUUUGAGACGUUAAAGAAUAAACAAGAUAGUGGAGAUGAUGAAGUACAAUCAAAAGAUAAUAAAAAACCUGAAAAAGAUUCAUUACCUCCUAUAGAAAUUAGUCCAAAUGAGCAUAAAUUACAGUAUGCAUAUGCAUUAUGGUAUAGUCGACGCAGUUCUGGUAAACAACCAAAUAUACAAAGUUACGACCAAAAUUUAAAAUUAGUUGGUAGGUUUGCAAGUGUGGAGCAGUUUUGGAGUCUUUACAGUCACUUAGUCCGGCCAUCAGAAUUAACAACAUCUACACAUUUUCAUCUUUUCAAAGUUGGCAUAAAACCAAUGUGGGAAGAUGAAGCAAAUCAGAAAGGCGGUAAAUGGAUAGUAAGAUUAAGAAAAGGAUUAGUUUCUAGGUGUUGGGAAAAUCUUAUAUUAGCUAUGUUAGGUGAACAAUUUAUGGUUGGAGAAGAGAUUUGUGGAGCUGUUGUAUCUAUAAGGUUUCAAGAGGAUGUAAUAUGUGUAUGGAAUAAGACUGCAUCUGAUUAUGCAACAACUGCACGUAUUAGAGAUACAUUAAGGAGGGUUUUACAUCUUCCAGCAAGUGCCUCAAUGGAAUACAAAACUCAUAAUGAAAGUUUGAAAAGUGUUCAUCGGCUCUAAAAGUUUGUGAUGCUAAAUUUGAAUUCUUUAUGGACUUUCAGCAAAUUGAUACUUGUGAGAAAAUAAUACUUAGGACAAAAAUAUUUUACAACUACAAAAGUUAAAUGGCC